GAAAUACCCCAGAACAAAAAAGCUACAGAAACAUAUUAGGCCCAACUAAAGCCCAACAGAGAAACCGUCUAUGGAAGAAGAAAUAUUAUCUUUUGUCUCUAUCCAAAGCCACGUGUCUUCUGCUGGAGAGAAACCAAUACACGUACUGGAUGAGAAUCCAAAGUUUUCCCGACUUCAUCCUUCGCCGUCAAACAUCGACUCCGGUGAAGAUUCAACGUCGAUUAACAAAUCAAACAUGGAAUCUUAUGGGUUUUCACCGGUAAAAAUAAUCGAAGCCCUAAUUAGAGAAACAACAGCUCAAGGUAAUGUUAAUAUGCAACGGAAAUCACUUUUUUUUCCAACUCAAAUCUCUGAUUUGUUUCCUGCAAUUCUAAACUCAAAAAGAAAAACAGGUUAGAUAAUAAGUAACAAAAAGCGAAAACCGCUCUAUCAUUAUCACCAACACAUCUCAAAUGAGAUUUAUUGAAAGCAAAGCUAAUUUAUGAAAAAACAAAAAGCAGCAAAAGAACGCUGACGGCAUAGCCGACCAUCAUCACUGUGAAAGCUGAAUGAUACCGGACAAGAGCUGGCCAACACCGGAAAG